GAGAGAUGGCUCUCAAGUUUCUCCACCGGCUGGCGGACUGGUGGUCGCAGCGUCAGAGGCGGCAGCUGCAGAAGCAGCAAGCUUCAGAAGUUACUUUCAAGCAAAGCCUUUAUUUUUCCUUUUCGAUGCAUUUUAAAGCUUUGGGCUUUCACUUCAUCAAUUCUUAUCACCAUCCCAUCCCAUCCCAUCCCAGAGUGCCUUUUCGCUCAGGAGAGAGAGAGAGAGAGGGGACUCCCAGUUGAAGACAAAAACUCCUCCACCAAUGAACUUGCAGACAAAAUACGCACGCAAUAAAGCUCAGAGGCUCGCAGAGGGAGAGAGAUGUGUCUGUGUGUGUGAAUUUCUUGGGAGACUAAAUCCCAAAGUCAGAAAUACAAUCCUGAUGAUAAAGAUAGUAGCAGAGGAAGAACUGAACAAAUCAGGUUUCCUUAUUCUUUUUGUGUGAUUUAGCUGUUGUUCUUCCUCCUUCAGUUCUUCCUUGAAAAUUCCGUUCUGUAGUUUUUUUGUUUUUCUGGUGAAGUUCGAAGAUUGGGAGCGUGAAUUGGAAUGCAGAGCUUCGUAGCUGCGACUUCGGCCAGCUCUAUAAUAGGCGCUGAAGGUAGUCGAGGCAACCCGCGGUUGACGGAUUUUGGGGAGCUUGAGCGGUCUACCGGAUUCUAUCAAGAUGAUGUCGUCGAUUUAACCCCAGGUACCAUCUUCAGUUUCAAGUCAGGCAGCGUGGCUGUUGUUAAUAACUCUCAGUUUGGGGGCCUAAACACCGUAAAUUUUAGUUCAUCAGAUGUAAGUACUUCGGGAACGGGAGCUGGUACAGGGCAGAACUCGUUCCAGAAGGGGGCAAUGCCCGUGGCCGCUGCUUCGUUUGGGGCUGGAAAUUUUGAGAACUGGGGGGACUCUGCAGUGGCUGGCACCAGUCAACAAACGGAUACAUCCACAGACAUCGACACAGAUGAUAGAAAAGAGUUGAAAUAUGUCCAGCAAGGAGCACUUGUAUCUGUGGAUUCUAUGGAUAGAUCACAUUUGAAAACCAGAGACCAGAAGGCACUUCGCAGGCUGGCUCAGAAUCGUGAAGCUGCACGGAAGAGUCGUCUAAGGAAGAAAGCAUAUGUUCAACAGUUGGAGAAUAGCUGGGUGAAGCUUACACAACUAGAGCAAGAACUCCAACGAGCGCAUCAACAGGGUAUUUUUGUCGGGAAUGGACACUCAGCAGAUCAAACUCAUAUGGUGGGUGGAAAUGGGGCUUUAGCAUUUGAUAUGGAAUAUGCAAGGUGGCUCGAUGAACAUCAACGACAUAUCAAUGAAUUGAGAGCAGCUGUAAAUUCUUAUGUGGGAGAUAAUGAGCUAUGCCUUCUCGUUGAUAGUGUGAUGGCACAUUAUGAAGAAAUAUUCAGGCUAAAAAGCGUAGGUGCGAAGUCUGAUGUAUUCCACAUGCUUUCAGGCAUGUGGAGGACACCUGCAGAGAGGUGUUUCAUGUGGUUGGGAGGUUUCCGUUCCUCUGAACUUCUCAAGAUACUCGGUAGCCAUCUUGAACCUUUGACAGAUCAGCAGUUGAUGGGCAUAUGCAAUCUGCAACAGUCCUGCCAACAGGCAGAGGAUGCCUUGUCUCAAGGGAUGGAAGCUUUACAACAAUCUCUUGCAGAGACCCUUUCGUCCGGUUCUCUUGCUCCUUCUGGCAAUGGAAAUGUUGCUGAUUACAUGGGCCAGAUGGCACUUGCAAUGGGCAAGCUGGGCACACUUGAAAACUUCCUUCACCAGGCUGAUCUUCUGCGGCAGCAGACGUUACAACAAAUGUAUCGUAUAUUGACCACCCGGCAAGCUGCCCGUGCUCUUCUUGCCAUUAAUGAUUACUUAUCACGACUGCGGGCACUCAGCUCAUUAUGGUUGGCACGACCUAAGGACUAGUUUGAAACUCCUUCCUUGUCCAGCUGGUAUUGAUGAAGAGGAAUAUAUCGGGAAUGUAAUGUCUACAAGGAGCACCCGUGAAACCUUGAUGCUGCUGUAUACUGGGACGAAGGCAAUACAUGAUAAUGCCGAGAUGAAAGAAUUUAUGCUGUUAUAAUUUUGCCCAAGGACGCAGGUAGGUAUUCUGCUGCUUCUAUUUGUAGAAGCGUGCUAGUGCAUCUGAUAUUUUAUCUGAAACAGGGCUGUGUAUAAAGUCCGAAUAGUUGUUAAUGGAAGAGAAUUUUCUUGCUUCAUGAUAUAAUCAUCAUAUCUAUGUCCAUUAGUAGUUGUAAAAUGUUAUUGUGACAAUCUUUUGACGCAACAUCAACCAUACUGGAUAUUGGUUGUUUAGAAAAUUGUUUUCAAAUUUCUAGUAUUAUAGCUGGUGCUUGUA